UUAUUUCUCAUCAUCCACCACUACAUCUUCUUCACUCCCUCUUCUCUUCUCAUUCAUCACAUCUCAACCACUCAACAACAUGGCCAUUAGAAAAUCAAACAAGCUUCCACAACAUGCAGUCUUGAAGCAGAUCCUUAAGAGGUGUUCAAGCCUAGGAAAGAAAAACGGGUACGAUGAUGAUGGCCACCCCGGUGAUGUCCCAAAAGGCCAUUUUGCUGUUUAUGUGGGUGAAAACAGAACUAGGUACAUUGUGCCAAUCUCAUUCCUCGCUCACCCCGAGUUCCAAUCCCUCCUUCGACAAGCUGAAGAAGAGUUUGGCUUCGAUCACGAGAUGGGUCUCACUAUUCCUUGCGAAGAAGUUGUCUUCAGGUCUCUAACAUCCUCGUUGAGAUGAAACAGACAAGGGACGAGGUUUAUUUUACGCAAUGGUUCUGACUGAAGAGGAUGGCCGAGAUGAAGCACCACUUUUUGCUUCUUUUUUCUCCCUUCGUCAUUGCCGUUUUCAUUGGCCUCCCAUUCACAUUCUUCUUCAUUUGCUAUUUCUAAAUCCAUCUCAUUCUUUUCUUGUCUUUUUUGUGGGUUUGUCGAAACAACCUGUUAUGAAGUCAACUGUGCGACUCUAACUUUGUUUCCAUGAAGAUUUCAUGGGUAGAAAACUGUACAAAUGUUUGAAGUUUUCCUCGCAGAGGUUUCUAUAUAAAAUACCCUGUGAGAGAAGUUUUAUGUCAAUGAAACAACUUCAUGUAUGUUCUAUA